AUGUUGGCAGCUAUCGUCCUUUUUAUAGCGGCAGCACUAGCCCAGACCCACACCUUCCACUUUAAUGCCACCUACGUCCAUGGCAACCCCGACGGAAUGGCCACGCGGAGGCUUAUUGGAAUCAACGGCCAAUGGCCCAUUCCCACCAUCAAAGUCAAAAAGAACGACCGUGUAAUCAUACACUACACCAACACUCUCGAGGACCGCAACACCUCCCUCCACUUCCAUGGAUUGUUCCAGCGUGGCUCGCCCCACAUGGAUGGACCAGAGAUGGUCACCCAGUGCCCCAUUCCUCCAGGUUUAACUUUCACCUACAACUUCGAGGUCCCUGACCAGGCAGGAACCUACUGGUACCACUCCCAUUCUGGCGCCCAGUACGCAGAUGGGCUCCGGGGAAUGUUCAUCAUCGAAGAAGACGAGCCUCUGUCCUACCACUAUGAUGAGGAAGUGUUGCUUUCCGUCAGCGACUACUACCACACCGAGUCCCCCAUCAUCAUGAAGCAGUUUUUGACCAGAUUCAAUCCUACUGGUGCUGAGCCCAUCCCCCAGAACUCCUUGUUCAACGAAACCAAAAACGCCACUUGGACAGUGCAGCCAAAUACUACUUACUUAUUGCGUAUUGUUAACAUGGGGUUGUUCACUUCACAGUAUUUAUUCAUUGAGGAUCACGACAUGGUCAUCGUCGAGGCAGACGGUGUCCCCAUUGAGCCCACUACCGUGGACUCGAUCUACCUCUCGGUUGCUCAAAGAUACUCAGUGUUGAUUAAGACCAAAGAAUCUACUAAUAAGAACUUCCGCUUUGUCAACGUCAUCGACCAGGAAAUGUUGGAUUUGCUACCAGAAGAGCUUCAGGUGAUCUCCACAAACUGGGUCGUCUACGACGAGUCCAAAGAGUUGCCUUUGCCAUUGAAGAACGGAAAGAACCUGUUUGACAAACUUGUGGCGUCUCUCAACCCAAUCAAUGAGUUCGACUUGACUACCGCCGACAAGGUACCGUUAUUGCCCGACCCAGACUACCAAAUCGUGCUCAAUUUUACGAUGGAUCAACUUGGCGAUGGAGUCACCUAUGCAUUUUUCAACAACAUUACUUACGUAGCACCUAAGGUCCCUACGUUAUAUUCUGUAUACUCAUCACCAGAUCGCACAGACGCACGGAUUUACGGCUCCAACACCAACACCUACAUGUUGCAGUCGGACGAAGUGAUUGAAAUUGUUGUCAACAAUAUGGACCCAGGCAAGCAUCCAUUCCAUUUACACGGCCAUAAUUUCCAGAUUGUCGCAAAAUCCGCUGAAGGCGAUGAAGAAAAUCCAACCAUAUACGAUCCCACCAACCCUGAGUGGAACAACUUUCCAGAGCAUCCUAUGGUACGCGAUACCGUCCAGGUUGAGGCCAACGGGUUUGUGGUACUCAGAUUCAAAGCAGAUAACCCUGGUGUAUGGUUCUUUCAUUGUCACGUUGAUUGGCAUUUGGAACAGGGAUUGGCCAUUACGCUAGUAGAGGCCCCAGAAUCAAUCCUCCAUUUUGACUCUUGCUAUGCAGCAGGAGUACCCUAUGUUGGCAAUGCCGCUGCGAGACAUGGGCCCGAUGGAAGAUGGUUCGACUUGAGCGGAGAAAACAAGCAACCGGCCCCAUUACCUGAAGGGUUCACAUUAAAGGGUUACUUCGCCAUGAUUGUGUGCACGUUUGUGGCUAUCUUUGGAGUUAUCAGUAUCUACAAGUACGGAAUGGAGGACGUCAAUUCCGAGGAUGUGGAGGCCACCGUGCACAAGCUCUACAAAAUUUUGAGAGACCACGGAGUGGAGGUCAACUAA